AUGGACGCCCUCCUAGCCAACACCCUCGACUUCCUCCAAUGGCUCAUCUCCCUCCCCCGCCAGGGCUACACCAACCUAACCCGCAACGCCGUACACAUGUGGGACGACAUGACCACCCUCAACUACAUCCGCAUGAUUGCCAUCGUCGGCGGCUACCUCUUCCUGCGUCCCUACAUCCAAAAAUGGGGCGAAAGGCAGCAGGCGAAACAGCAUGAGAAGAUGUUGAGUCAGAAAGCAGCAGAUAAGAAGGGGAAGAAGGCGAAGAUUAGUCCGAAUGCGUUAAGGGGUGGGAAGAGUGUUAGUUUUGCGGAUGAGGGGAGUGAUGCGGAGAGUGGAAGUGAGGGAGAGGGUGCGAAAGAGGAGUGGGGGAGGAAGGAGAAGAAGAGGCAGAAGAAGUUGGAGGAGAAGAAGAUGGCUGCUGCAGCGGAGGGGGAUGACAGUGAUGGGAUUGACAUUAUGGAGCACCUUGUCGAUUACGAGGAGGGUAAGGAUGGCUGGUAG